AUGGUAAAGCAAAAUCUGAAUGCGUUUUUUGGGCCCCAGAGAUUAUAUUUUGUAUGCGGUAAAGUAUACAAAGACUCAAGCUAUGCGAACCGUCUCGUGCAUUGGUUUGUGCAGCACAAGCUACCGGUAGUACCUAUAACCCCAAAUGGAGGGGAAGUGGACUUGCAGGCUGACAGCGCUACCAAGGAUGUCACAAGCACCAAGGUUUUGCCCAUUUCUAAGUCGAUCAGCGAAGGUCUACAAGGGUUCCCCCACAAGAACCUGAUCGACGGCAUAAGCGUUUGUUUUGUAACGCCCCCGAAGAUAACGUUAUCGAUUUUGAAACAGCUGGAAACCGAAAAAGCGCCCAUCCGCAGUGUGUGGUUCCAACCGGGAUCAUGGGAUAUGAAGUGCGUUAAGAGCGCAGAGGAUGAGCUGAGGAUUGAGGGGUCCAAGAUUAUCAACGAUUGCAUUUUGGUAAAUGGCGAUUCGAGUUUCACACCCAGUAGUCUACCAGGAAAGGUUUGA